UGUCUCUACUGCUGUCAAUCGACUUGAAUCUUUUAUAUUAUUAAGCUAAAACCUUCUGUGCAAUAACACUCGUUCUACAGCUAUCGACGGAAUACCUUCGCGCAAUUUCAAGUUCUCCGUUUUGAAAAAAAAAGAAACAAUAAUUAUAUUUAUGAACUAAACUUGUUCAAGAAACCUAACCAAGGUACAAAAUAUAACUAAGAGAUCAAACAUCAGUGACGCAGAAACUAAAACUUCGCUUCUGCCUUCCCAUUUCCAUCCCAUCAUCAGAAGCAGAAGCAUUAUUUGGGAUUAAAACAACAUUCGCGUGUUGCAUCUUUCGCCCACCAUGUUGUCAAAUACCGUUCAAGUGGUUUUAAUAGGAGUUUUUGCACUAUGUCAAGCUUCAGACGUUACAAAUAGUGUUCAGACCACUCAGAAAAGUGUUGAUGCUUCUGUUCUAGCUCAGAAUGGUACCAGCAAUUCUGACCUGACCACUACGACUAGCAGCACAACCAAAAAGCCUGCCAUCGAUGAUACUGACUAUUGGGAUAACGAUGAUUUUCAACCUUACAAAGUUGAUAAACGAGACUUUUUCGACUGGAGACUCAUUGAAGAAAUUUUUACAAAGCAAAAAACCAAUUUGGUUAUAUCACCAUUUUCUGUCAAAUUCGUGCUUGCUCUUUUAUAUGAAGCCGCUGAUGCUGAAUCCAAUACCAAAAUGGAGUUAUCUUCAGUAUUUUAUGGAAUAUCUUCAUCGCAUUUAAUGAGAGAUGUAUAUCAUGAUAUGUUGGAAUCUCUCAAGGAACCAAGUACAAAAUACACCCUAAAUUUUGCAACAAAGAUGUUUUUACGUGAACAUAUUACGCCUAGACCAAAAUAUCAACACACUUUAAAAGACAAAUAUGACACGGAUAUUCAAAACUUGGAUUUCUCAAAAUCUCAAGAAUCAGCUGAUAUUAUUAAUAAAUGGUGCAGUAAUGUGACAGAAGGACGGUUGAAGGAAAUUGUUAAUAACGAUCAAAUUCAGAACGCUGCCCUUUUGCUCAUCAAUGCACUUUAUUUCGAUGGAAAAUGGCGAACACCGUUCACUGAGAAUUAUGACAGUGCCUUCUUUAGAAUGCCAUCCGAACAAAUUCGUGCAAAUUACAUGACAGUUACAGAUAAGUUUUACUACUUCUACUCAACAAUGUGGAAUGCAAAGGUCUUGCGAUUGCCAUAUCAGGGUAAAAAGUUCUCCAUGACUAUUAUUUUGCCUGGUGCUAAGGGAGGUAUAGAAGAACUUAUUCGAGAGAUUGAAGGUGAUUCCCUUCGACGUAUUCAAUGGUUAAUGACAGAACAAGAAGUCAAAGUUACUCUUCCCAAAUUCAAAUUUGACCACACAGCUAAGUUAAAGGAAUCUUUAAUGGCGUUGGGUUUGAAUGAAAUCUUCAGUGAAGAAGCAGCCUUAAGUGGAAUUGCUAGAGGUUCAGCAUUAGAUCGAAAAAUGCGAGUAACUGACAUUAUUCAAAAGGCUGGCAUUGAAGUUCAUGAAAAAGGAUCAACUGCUUUUUCGGUGACAGAAGUUGAAAUUGUUAACAAAUUUGGAGGUGAUAAUAUUGAAGAAUUCAACGCCAAUCGUCCAUUCAUCUUUUUGAUUGUCGAUGAAGGAACAAGCACAAUUUUAUUUGCCGGCAAAGUACUUGAUCCAACAGUUUAAUUAUAGAACUUAAAUACAUUAAUAUAAGAUAACAAUAUCAUUUUAUAUUUUACUGACAUUUAUAAAACGACAUUAAAGAUGACAAUAUAAUUUUAUAAAUAAACACCAUAAUAAAUGUGAA